AUGGACAAGUUCAAAACCUGUAAAAUCAAGCAUGGCGCUAGCGCCCUCUGCCCCCGAGGCUGUAAGUGGGCCCCUGAUGGUUCCUGCAUCUUGACCAAUAGUGCUGAUAACAUCCUGCGGAUUUAUAACCUACCCCCAGAGAUGUACAAUGAAGGGGAACAGCGGGAAUAUGCAGAAAUGGUCCCUGUCCUUCGGAUGGUGGAAGGCGACACCAUCUACGAUUACUGCUGGUAUUCUCUGAUGUCUUCAAGCCAGCCAGACACCUCCUAUGUGGCCAGCAGCAGCCGGGAGAACCCAAUUCACAUCUGGGAUGCAUUCACUGGAGAGCUCCGGGCUUCCUUUCGCGCCUACAACCACCUGGAUGAGCUGACGGCAGCCCACUCACUCUGCUUCUCCCCGGACGGCUCCCAGCUCUUCUGUGGCUUCAACCGGACUGUGCGUGUCUUUUCCACGGCCCGGCCCGGCCGUGACUGUGAGGUCCGAGCCACGUUUGCAAAAAAGCAGGGCCAGAGCGGCAUCAUCUCCUGCAUAGCCUUCAACCCAGCCCAGCCCCUCUAUGCCUGUGGUUCCUAUGGCUGUUCCCUGGGCCUGUAUGCCUGGGAUGAUGGCUCCCUUCUCGCCUUGCUGGGAGGGCACCGAGGGGGCAUCACCCACCUCUGCUUUCACCCCGAUGGCAACCGCUUCUUCUCAGGAGCCCGCAAGGAUGCUGAGCUUCUGUGCUGGGAUCUCCGGCAGCCUGGUCAUCCAUUGUGGUCCCUGAAUCGUGAGGUGACCACCAAUCAGCGCAUCUACUUUGAUCUGGACCCGACCGGGCAGUUCCUAGUGAGCGGCAGCACGAGCGGGGCUGUCUCUGUGUGGGACACGGGCGAGGCUGGGAAUGAGAGGAAACCGGAACCUGUGCUGAGUUUUUUGCCUCAGAAGGACUGCACCAAUGGAGUGAGCCUGCACCCCAGCCUGCCUCUGCUGGCCACCGCCUCCGGUCAGCGUGUGUUUCCAGAGCCCACGGAGAGUGGGGAUGAGGGGGAGCAGGAGGUGGACCUUCCCCUGCUCUCCAUGCGCCACGUCCACCUUGAAUGUCAGCUUCAGCUCUGGUGGUGUGGGGGGAGCCCAGACACCAGUAUCCCUGAUGCUCAACAGGGUGAGAAGGAACAGGGAGGGACAAAAAGAGGUGGGGGUGAGUUUAUAUAAAAAGGUUUUAUAUGA